UUAUAAGUCGAUUUUAUUCGAAAACAACUUUACUAAAUAUUUUUUUCGUUUGUUUUUGUUUGUUAUUGAAACUAAAUUAAUUUCUAUCAUUCUCUCGGUGUCAUCGGUUAUAUAGUGAAUUUGUUCCGUUUUUGUUUGUUUGUUUAUUUCAUCAUGAUCAUCAUCGUGUGAUCUUCAAUGCAAACAGAUCAAUCACAAGACAAUAUUUGGACAUUUACAACAAAAAUGUCAACAACAUCGCCAACAACAACAAUGCAAUCUAAAAAUAAUGAAAAUAAUGUAAAAGAUGAGUGCCAAAACUGUGAUCAUCAUAGAACUGAAAUGCAAACACCACGUGUUGUACAUUUUGCCGAAUCAUCCGAAAGGCAGGAAUCCGAAGAAAUAGAUGAUAAUUCUUUUGAUCGAAUAAAAAAUCCUAAUGAACAAACAAUAUCGAAAAAAACAGAAAACGAUCACAAUCAAUCACAAUCAACUGGUUAUUCAUCUAUGUAUCUAUCACCACAAGAAUCACCAUUUCAAUUGUUAAGUCGUUCAUCGCCAAAUAGUCCAAUCGGAAGCAAUGUAUCGAUUGUUGGAAGUCUAAUAUCGCAUGGAUCAAAUGAACGAAAGUCAAAUAGUGGCGGCAAUGGCGGUGGAUCAACUAAUUGGAAACUUCGUGCCAAAUAUUAUUCCAAACGUCGUGGACAAGAACGAUCAAUAGAUCGUGAACGUCAACCAUCGAUUUGUUCGGAUUCCGAAACAGAUAGUAUUAAUGGCCAACAAAAGAUUGAGGAUAUUCUGAAAUCAUGUGGUGGUAAUACAACUAAAAAAUGGAGCUUACCAUUGCCGAUGGUCAUACGUAGCUCAGAAUCAGAUUCUGCAUCAUCAUCAUGGUCUGCAAGAUCGGCUGAUGAAGCUACCGAAGAUGAACGAAGCCCGGUACCAAGUCCAUCAGCAUCCACACAUAGUAAUGAAGAAUAUUCACCACCAAUCGGUGAUAAUGAAUUAUGUAAUCGAAAAUCACCAUCAUUAUCACCAACAACAUCCAAUAGAAUGUUCGAUAUAGAAUCAAAAAAAUCAUCAAUUAAAACUGUGUCCAAAUCUGAUACGGAUAAAAAAUCGUCAUUAUCACUUUCUCCGACAACAUCAACAAAUAUUACGGUACAUGCAGCAGCUAUUGUUAAGCAAGAAUCUGAAUCGGGUAAAUCAAAAAAAGAUAAAGGAAAAUCAAGAAGAAAAAAGAAAAUGUCACGUGCAGCUGAAUCACAUUGUUUUCAACGAAUGAAAACAACCAACUAUGGCCGUUGUAUAAUUUGUGAUGCUUAUGUAUAUUUUUGGGGAUUCGAAUGUACACAGUGCCAAUUGAUAUGCCAUAAAAAAUGUUUGAAAAAGAUGGCCAUUAUGUGCCCGCAAGCACCAUUACCACCACGUUCAUCUAUAUUGAAUAUGGAAUUGGAUAUGUUAUCAUCAAAUGAAAUGAUACCAUUAUUAGUACAAAAAUGUACAAUGGAAAUUGAACGUCGUGCAAUAACAAGACCCGGUAUAUAUCGUAUGACUGGUGUAGCAUCACGUGUAGAAAAAUUGCUCAAAAGUUUUGAAAGUGGUCCACAUCUUAUUGAUCUUACCGAUGUAUCCGCCAAUGAUCUUACAUCCGUUCUUAAAGUUUUUCUUCGUGAGCUCAAAAUACCAUUGAUCACCAAUGUUGUAUAUAAAGAUUUUAUCGAUCUAGGAAGAUCAUAUCGAUUGGAUAAUGAUAUUAAUCAGGAUGGUAUUGUAUUGGGUGGUCAAUCACAAUUGAUACAAAAAAUUCAUAUUGCCUUGAAUAAAUUAACUACAAAUCAUCGUGCCACAUUAAAACAUAUGAUCAAACAUUUAACCCGUAUUGUUGAACAUCAAGAACAAAAUAAUAUGUCUCCGGCAGCAUUAGGUAUUAUAUUUGCUCCAACAUUUUUUCGUCCACGCGAUACAAUCAAUGAUCUUCAUACUGAAGUAUUCGAAGCAGCACCACAAGCACGAAUUAUUGAAUUGAUGAUUCGAUUUUAUGUACAAAUUUUCGAAAUGGAUACGAAUUUUAUUGAUGAACCAAUCAUAAAUCCAUCAUCAUCAACAUUACAUUAUCAAAAAGAAUCUGUUCCGAAUACAAAAGAUACAACAUUACCAACAUCUUUAUCAUUAUCAUUGUCGACAACAACUUAUCAUAAUUAUUCGAAUGUUGAUGACGAAUCUACGGAUAAAAAACCGACAAAUUCUUCGAAUGAGACCUGUUAUAAGGACAACAAUUAUACGAAUAGUAACUUUCAACAACAAUCGGAAAACUCUUCACCUACAUCACCAUCCGUUUCAUCACAACAACAAUCAAGACCAUCAUUAACAUUAACAACGAUAAUGAAUCAAACAUCAGUUGUGCCAUUAACAACAAUUUAUUCUUCAUCACCAUCAUCAUUAACAACAACUAUAACGAGUAAAUCUUCCGAAAUUAAACAAAAAAACAUUGGACACAAUUCGAUCAACAAUAAUGAAUCAAUAUCUAAUUCUCAAUUUCAACAUAAUCAUUCAAUCGGUAAUAGGAUAACGUCAUCAAUAAUUUCAACUUCGUCAUCAACGACGACAACCAAUACAUCAUCAUCAUCAGAAUCAAAUACAUCACAAACACGAACAAGACAUUGUUACAAUUGUUCACGGCCUACAACAUUUACAUUUGAUUAAAAAAUAAAAAAUAAAAUUCUUAACAAAAUAAAAAUUCAAACAAUAAUAUUAUUUUCAAUGAUGAUCAAUGAUAUAAAGCC